CGCGCUGAAACUCCGUUUUUAAAAACUCUUAAAUUAUUCUUUCGAAAUUAAUUUAUCUGGGAUAGGUUUGUGCCGUGACAUGGAUUUACAUGGACGUUGGCAAAUGAGUUCUAAAAAUGUAGUUUUGUCGUGUUUGUUCGUCAGUUUUGCGCUGUGUCCUGUUUACUCUAUAAAAGUGACAGCUCCAGCAGAGAUUAAUGCAGUGACAGGGGAAACAGUUACCCUGUCCUGCUCCUUCACCUCCAACACUCGUGUCACCAGCAAAAUGUCGGUGGACUGGUCUUACCGACCGCAGAAUGGAAAGUCUCCAGUAACGUUCUUUCAUUACCUCGCAAAGUCGUACCCUCCGCAGGAUGGACAGUUUGCGGGAAGGGUGAAGUGGCUAGGCAGCCCCUCCACACACGAUGCGUCCGUUCAGCUCCUGAACGCUUCUCUCCAUGACAACGGGACCUACAUCUGCUCCGUCAGGAACCCGCCGGACACCCACGGAUCCCCGGCCCAAACCCUGCUCACUGUCACACCCAAAAAGCAAACUACUCGUUUUACGGAUGUGGCUCUGUUGCUGCUGUUCGUCCUGGUGCCGUCUGCAGGCAUCUCUCUGGUUCUGCUGGGUCAGAUCCUCUGUCCUUGCUGUGACACAAAGGAGAGAAGCCCAAACCAUGCUGUCCGCUCACCGAUCGAGGUGGCUGAUGGUGAAGAGUAUCUGUACAAACAGCCCAAUCAGAAGGAGAAACGGGCAACAUGCUGUGAAAUGUACUGCUUGGAUUCUGACGAUGAGGAGUACUACAUGCGUCAUUUGAAAGAUGAGAUGGAGCGUUUAGAUGAGACGCAGUGUUAGUUUUCCUCGCACGCUGACUUCCCGUUUUCUUUUGUUUGUUUUUGUUUGUUUUGUUUUCUGUGACUGUCCCCUCGUUGACCCAAGAAGACGAAGGGUAUUUCUCCGAAACUCCCGGCUUUACGGAUACUGAACAGAGAACAGUGUAUUUUUGUCCACGCUCUAACACACCUAAUCGAGCCAAAGGCAACAAGGCUGGUUGGCUGGUUGG